UGAGAGAAAUCUGUCAGAUUCAAACACACUACUCUGUGUGUGUGAUAGAGAGAACGAGGGAUGAGAAGAGAGGAGGAGAGCUGAGGAACAGAUAGAAAGAGACAGCAGAGGACCACAAAGUGAGGCCCGUUCCCCUUAUGGAUCAGCAUUCAUGUAAGAAACCGAAGGGAUUCCAUGAACACAUCGACCUGAGUGACAUCCCUACAGAGAGCAGCCGAUCGACACUGAUGCCGAUGCGCUGCACGCAGCAGUAGAGCAGCAAGGCCAAGGGGGUGAGGGGUUAAAGGUCACAGACUACAAAGCCGGAGCGUGCACUGAGGUUAAAAGGUUUCAGGAGGAGGCUACCAGAAGAAUCAAGGUCCAGGAAGGAAGCUCUCAGUGACAGACGAGAGUCAGGGGGUCAAAGAUGAUGACAUCACACGUGAAGCUGAGGAAGGAGAAGGGGAGUCUGGCCGAGUAUGAAUCGCAGAUGAAAGACCUGAGGGCCCAGCUGACAGACCAGAUCAAGAUUUUAGACUCUCAGGUGGAGGUGAAACAGCAGCAGCUCUCAGACCUCUCUGAGUUUCUCCGGCGCAGAGGCGACAUCGAGGCUGAAUACGCUCGCGCCCUCGACAAACUCACCGAGCGGUUCACCCACAAGACUAAGAAGAAGGAGCAGUGGGGUCAGUCAGUGUGUCAGGUCUGGUCUGUUUUGCUGACUCAGACUCGUCUGGAAAGCCGGGAACAUGCAGCCCUGGGUGACACCUGCUGCAACACACUCACACAGCGACUCGCACACAGUACGGAGGAUACACACCGUCUGCACAAACGGAGCAAAGAAGUUGGCAUCCAGACGCAAGAUGAGUUGCUGAAGGUCACCACUGAACUACAGACGGCUCUGAAGACAUACAACCAGUACCACACCGACUGUCUGAUAGCUGAGGGGAAACUGAAGGAAGCCGAGCGAUUGGAGGAGAGACACACAGGCAAGUCAGCUGAGCUCGGCCCCGGCCAAUCAGGAGGGCAGAGGCGGAGCUCCGUCAAGAAGAUGGAGAGAUUAAUGGAGAAAAGGCAUGGUAGAGUGCAAGAGAACCAGCUGAAGUGCACCAAGGCUCGAAAUGACUACCUGCUGAAUCUAGCUGCAGCCAAUGCUGCUAUGAACAAGUACUACCUGCAGGACAUCAGCACUCUCAUCGAUUGCUGUGACCUGGGUUUCCAUCUGUCCGUGGAGAGAGUGAUGAAGUGCUACCUGGCCAGUAGGUGGCGCAUCCAGAAGACAGAGGAGACCGGUCUAAAGCAGCUGGAGUCUGCCGUGACGUCCCUGGACCAGGGUGGAGACAGAGACGCGUUGCUACAGCAGCAUGAUGCAGCUUUCUGCCUUCCUUUCAGAUUCAACUACCAUCCUCAUGAGGGAGACCAAGUGUGCGAGGUGAGUGCGGAGAGCCAGGUGAGGUACGAACUGGAGACCAGGUUUCAGCAGCUUCAGUCUCGGCUCGCCGCCGUUACCUUGGAAACAGAGGAGGUUAGUAAAACGCUUAAAGCCACCCUCACAGCACUGCUGGACAAUAUGUGUGAAAGCGACAGUAACCCCUCCCCCGACGUGCCAAGCAGCUUAUCACAUGAGCCCCCUGGAGGAAACACCGCCCAGAAACUGACCCUCGCCAAGCGUCGAGCCAAUCAACAGGAGACAGAGACCUACUAUUUUACAAAAGUGAAGGAUUUCCUCAUCAGCAGUUCUUUGACGUUCAAACUUCAGGCCAAACACGACCUUCUACAUGAUGCCAUACAGAAAGCCGAGGCUGUGGACAGUGACCCUUCCAGAAUGAAUUGUGCUCGGUCAGUGCGUGUUCGGAAGUCCAGACCUGUUUCCCAAUUCUGCCACACACUCUUCACCACAGACAUGCUCUCCUACAUACAGAGCACCGGGCAGCAGAUUCCUGUGGUGGUUGAAAGCUGCAUCCGUUUCAUAAACCUUCAUGGCCUCCACCAUGAAGGAAUAUUCAGAGUUCCUGGGUCUCAGAGGGAGGUGAACCACAUCAGAGAUGCGUUUGAGAGAGGAGAGGACCCUCUGUCAGACAGUGAGUGUGACCUGGACUCUGUGGCCGGAGUGUUGAAGCUUUACUUCAGGGGCCUUGAGCCUCCUCUCUUCCCGUACGACAGCUACUCCCAGCUGCUGGAGUGUGUCCAAAUUGAGGGGGUGACAGAGAAAGCUGUCCAGAUUAAAGCGAUUAUCUCCACAUUUCCACGGCCUCUCCUCAUCGUGAUGCGCUACCUUUUCGCUUUCCUCAAUCAUGUGUCUCAGUACAGUGAUGAGAACAUGAUGCAGCCCUACAACUUGGCCGUUUGUUUCGGUCCCAGCCUGCUGAGGGGACUGGAUUCUGAUGAUGCUGUUGCUAGGCAACCACAGGUCAAUGAUCUGGUCAAAACCUUGAUCCUCCAACAUGACAUCAUCUACCCCGGCCAAUCAGAACUGCCGGGCCCAGUCUACGAGAAGCACAUGACUCUGGAGCAGGAGUACUGUGAACCAAUCACAGAGGAGGGAGACGGAGAGACUGAGCAUCUGCCCAGUGAGGACGAGUGGGAGGCAGUGGCCAUGUUUGACUACACGGCGAGAUCUCCGGCAGAGCUGUCCUUCAAGCAGGGCGAGCUGCUCAUCCUUCACAGCAAAGCCUCCUGUGAUUGGUGGAGAGGCGAAGCAGGAGGGGUUAAGGGUCUCAUCCCCCACAAGUACAUCAGCGUGCUGGAUGGGUCAGAGCGAGGGAAAAGAGAGGACGGAGGAGGAGGAGGAGGAGGAGGAGGAGGAGGAGGAGGCAGCACUGGAAACCUGACAGCAGAAGAUCCACAGACGGAGAACACAACUCGGAUGCGGGUAAACAGUGACAGUGCUUCGUUGCCUGGGAGACAGAGAGGAAGUGAGGGAAGCCCCAAUCGAAAGCCGCCAACCUCUCCUGCCACAAGACACCUGCCAGUGUCUCAGGAGAGAAGACACACAUUGGACACAGUGAGACAGGCCGGCUUCAGACCCACAGACAGACCUCCAUUUGGUCUGCCAGAGAGACAAACAGUCGACAAGGAACUGAUCAGCCGUCAGAUGAACUCCGUGUUCAAGGAGCUCCUGUCUCGCCAGCCUGCUGCGCCUCCGUCCACCCUCCCCGCCCCCGCCGCUCAAGCUCCCUCCUCCUCCUCCUCCUCCUCCUCCUCUUCCUCUCUUCCUCAAGCUGCCCCUGCUGCCAAAAAAGUAGGAUUUGGCAUCAGAGGACGGGCCCUUUUCAGACCGGUGGACUAAAAGAGAGGAGCGGAUUUCCUGAUUUAUUGUUUAAAAAUGAUGAUUAUGCUGAUGCCGAUGAUACAUGUGGUGAAGAUCUUGAUUUAUUUUUUCCACACGUGUAUAAUAUUUGCGUCUCUGCCAUCUCAUAGUGCCACUAGUCUCGGUGCCGUGUAACUGUGCGUCCAGUGUGUCUGUUUUCCAGCUGGUUUUGGUCUUUUUUUUGUUUUGGUCUGUUUUUGUUCUCCAGGCUUUUGUAAUUUUUGGGAGAAUCAGGGAUGUGACAUCACCAGACUGACUUUUUAAAGUGGUUGCCAUAAUGCUUACAACAACAUCAACAAAAUACUGCCCCCUAGUGGCAGGUCUGAGAUCAGCUCACCCUUAUGAUUUGUAAUGCUUCAUUUUAUGAAAACAAAACUGAUCUGGGGCCUGAGUGCCUUCACAUCUUUAACCUUCACAUUUAUUUCAUGUGAAAAGAUCUGGUAGGGUUGAACUCUGCAUA